AUGUCAGCAGCGCUAAUCACUGUCUACAUCUUCUCUGCCCUCUGCUCAAACAUCGCCGCCUCGGUCACCAAGACCUGGUCCAUCAGACAGGCCGGUAUUCCUACCUACCGAUGUGCCUGUCCGGUUGGAUUCAGCCGCUGUGCCGGCCGCUGCCUAACCCGACUGAACCAGACUGCAAACUACUCCACCGCCGAGAGGCUUUGCUCAGAGAUCAACGCCCAUCUCUUCGCCCCUCACACGGACGAGGAGAACCAGUGCGCGUUUACUCUCCGCUCCGGGCAGUGGGCCUGGCUGGGUUACUCCGAUAGGGAGGUAGAAGGGGAGUUUGUGGCGGCGGAUGGGUGCGGUACGUACCCCUCUACGGGUGUACGCUGGCGGCCUGAUGAACCAGAUAACUGGCUGGGUGCUGAGCACUGCGUCGGGAUGAUAGCGUAUGAUGAGUGGAAUGACCGGCCGUGUGGGGAUAAUAUGUAUCCACUCUGUCAGCUGGGGAACUGCCCGAGACCAGAGUGUCCCUAG